AUGAGCAUCUUCACCGGGCGCUCUGGGGCCCGGGGGACCGGAUCCCGUAUCCCUACUGGGCCCCCGUCUAUGAACAACACGACGACAGCUAACAGCAGCAGCAACAACAACAUAAGCAGCAGCAGCAGCAGCAGCAGCAGCAGCACGUUUGAAGCAUCUACGCGUGCCUCAGGGAUGCAGACAGGGCAGCAGCUGGUGGAGCGCCUCUCAGAUGUCUCUGCAGACGCAUUAGAGAAGGCUAGGCAGAUUGUUGCUUCUAUGAGAGGUGGUUCUGCUCAAGGAGAAGCUGCUGACGCUAACAGCAGCUAUUUACUUUGCUUUCAGCUUCUUAAGCUCGCAGGUCUAGAAGCAGAAAUACCCAGACUCGUCGUCUUUGGCCAGCAAAGCAUGGGGAAGACUACACUCCUAGAUGGUCGUGCUGCUGUUGGGAGGGUUGCUGCUGCUGUGGCUGCUGCUGUUGCUGCUGAUGCUGCUGCUAUACUGGCAUCAGCUGCUGCUGCUUCAGCAGAUUAG